AUGAUCGUCGACACAAGCUCUCCGCCCAAAAGAACCCGGGAAAGCACAUCCAAAGUCCGAACCGGGUGCAGCACCUGCAAAGCUCGUCGCGUAAAAUGUGAUGAAGCGAAGCCCGUUUGUCGACGGUGCACCGUCGGAAGCCGGAAAUGCGAGUACAAGUCGACAAGUCCAGCACGAUCACCCCAUCAUAACGUGAUCACUGUUUAUGUUCCCCCUACGAAAAGUCAGCCGGCAUUUUUCGAAAACACAAGUGGCCUUGAUUUCUUUCACACCAACAUUGGCACGAUACUUGACGGACAGUUUGAUUCAGAGUUUUGGAGGAAGCUUGUCCCACAGUUAUCACACUCCGAGCCGUCGAUCCGACAUGCAGUGUCGGCAGUUAGUGCAGUUUACCGUGAUGUUGAGGCAUCAUUGCGGCAUCCAUCAGGGUUUGUGAAGGCCAACCCCGAGGCACAGAGAGAAUGGAAGCUCGCACUCAAGAGCCUCUCUGCUCGAAUUCAGACGAACCCAAACUCCAGCCUGGUACCUUUGGUCUGCUGUCUUCUGUUCACAUGCAUCGAGUUCCUUAGAGGCGAUGCCGACUUAUCAAUGCUUCACAUCCACAACGGGUUCAACAUUCUGGCCCCCCUCCGACCCAACAGCGGCGCCACACCGGAGACAGGGUCAAGGACCCCCUGCAACGAUCUCACCUUGAUUCAGGAUCACAUCUUCCCAAUGUUCUCACGCCUGGGCAUCCUCUCCUGUCUGGCCGGUAGAUUUACCCCGCCAGUCUACAUGCAUACGGAAGAGGACGAAUCUCCACACAAGGACUUUGAGGACGCUAGACGGCGGUUAUUCGCUAUCGCUGACGCCUGCAUUCGGUUCAUCAACGCGGUCAGUCCCAAGGCAGACACGCUGCUUGUGGGCAUUGAUGACCUUGUUGAGCAGGCCAAGCUGCAGACCAGAUUAGAAGUAUGGCACAGGCAGUUCGAUGAUCUCUUGAAACGGCUGCAGUCUGUCGGCAACCCGCCCAACCCAGACGCGGUCAACAUCCUUCUCGUAAACCACAAAGUCGUCAACAUUUGGACACGAGUCUGCACUACAUCUCAGGAAACAGACACAGAUGUUUACAGAUCAGACUUUGACGAGCUGGUGACGUACGCAGAGCAAGUCAUCAAGCCAGGCAAGGUACAGGCAGGACCACAACUUCUUUCAUUCGACGUCCAACUCCUGGCACCGCUAUUCUACGCCGCGCUGAAAUGCCGUCACUCGUCAAUACGAUGGCGUGCCCUGGAGCUGCUCCGUCUGGCACCCCGACGAGAAGGUUUAUGGAACGCGCACCACGCAUAUCUCACGGCCAAGCGCAUAGUCGAGCUGGAAGAACAGCAUCUAGGUGGAGAAGGAGCUCUACCCGACGAGACGUCGAGACUUUUUGGUCUGCCUCUACCUGAUGACCAGUCACGGGUCUACAACCUGUGCGAGCUGCCAUUUGACUUUCGUACGUUCGAUCAUAGUGUGGUGGCCAGCCCAACGUGCCCAGGCACGCUUGAGGCCAAGUUUCAGACCAGACCAAUGGGUGUGUUUGGAGAGUUCCAGAAUUUCACGGAGUACAUCAAGUUAUGA